AUGUAUGAUUACGAAGGUUAUAAAAGAUUAAUUGUAAAGAUUGCUUUCAUUGCAAGUACCAUGACAUUUUGUUUUUCCCUUUUAUUAUAUAUUGUGAUAAGUUUAAUACCACAAAGGCAAAAUGAAAACUAUGCCGAUGUAAACUUAAAUACAGAAGAAGAUAACAUAAUUAUAACCUAUUUAUAUUUAGAAAAAGAAACAUCUUCAUCAAUGUUAUCUAAAGAAAAGAAAAAUGAGGAGGUCACAAGUAAUGAGGAUUUCAUAGAAGACAGUAAAACAAAUGAAAUGGAACAGAAGGAUAACAAUAUAAAAACGGAAGAAGAUAUUAACAACCAUUUAAAUUAA